AUGGCCACGUUUGUCUGCAGGGUUCAGUUUUUAGAUGACACCGAUCCAUUCAACAGCACUAAUUUCCCAGAACCGACUCGACCACCGCUGUACACCUUCAGAGAGGAUAUCCCCCUCAUCAACCAGUUAGCAGGCAUCCACCGCCUCCUCAAAGCUCCACACAAGCUUGAUGACUGCGCACUGCAGCUCUCCCACAAUGGCACCUACCUGGAUCUGGAGUCCUCUCUGGCUGAGCAAAGGGACGAGCUGGAGGGCUUUCAACAGGAUGACACAGGGUCCAGAGGGAAGAAACACAGUGUUAUUUUACGAACCCAGCUGACCGUCCGUGUACACGCCUGUAUCGAAAGACUGUACAACUCCAAUGGACGUGACUUGAGAAGAGCGCUGUUCUCUCUAAAGCAGAUUUUUCAGGAUGACAAAGAUCUGGUCCACGAGUUUGUGAUGGCUGAAGGUCUGACGUGUCUCAUCAAGGUGGGAGCAGAAGCUGACCAGAACUACCAGAAUUACAUAUUAAGAGCUCUGGGGCAGAUCAUGUUGUACGUGGACGGGAUGAACGGUGUCAUUGGCCACGCUGAGACAAUCCAGUGGCUAUACACGCUCGCUGGUUCAAAGUUCCGUCUGGUGGUAAAAACAGCUCUGAAGCUGUUGCUUGUGUUUGUGGAAUACUCUGAGUCCAACGCUCCCCUGCUCAUACGAGCCAUCGCCUCUGUGGACACCAAGUUAGGCUGCAAACCAUGGUCCAAUGCUAUGGAGAUCUUGCAUGAGAAGGAUGGUGUAGACACAGAGCUGCUGGUCUAUGCCAUGACCCUCAUCAAUAAGACACUGGGAGCACUGCCUGACCAGGACUCAUUCUAUGACAUGGUGGAUGGUCUGGAGGAACAGGGCAUGGAAACAGUGUCCCAAAGACACCUGGGGCGGAAGGGCACUGAUCUAGACUUGGUUGAGCAGCUCAACAUUUAUGAGAUGACCCUACGGCAUGAAGAUGGCGAUGAUGACAGCCAGCCUCCACCAAUGGGACGCCGGGACCGCCGACGGGCCAGCCUAGGGGGCGGGGAUAAGAAGCGCGGUCUGGAAAGGAGACGGAGCCGCAGGGCCUCUCUUGGGCGAUCCGGUCACGCCUCCCCCUGCAGCCCUGCCUCUCCGCAGAGAGCAGGCUUCCAACCUUUCAGCAGCCAUAGGUCUGAGGACAUGAGCGAGAGAGCACUAUCAGGUUUCCUUCCAUCCAUAGAGGAGGAAUGUGAGGAUGGGGUAGAGAAGGAGGAGGAGGAGGAGGAGGAGGAGGAAGCAGAGACUCCAGUGACUGAGUCUGAUUCGGAUGAGCAGGAGGGGGCUUUUACAGUGUCUAGUCAGACCACCCCCAGCACGGCCAGACCUCCUCCAUCCAUAGUUCACCGAACGACAAUCCAGUCCAUCGCCAUCACUUCCAGAAAGGAGAGUAAGAAAGAGGGGGAGCAGCGGAAUCGGACUGAACAACCUCCUGUACUCACCAUCCAAUGUCCCUCCAUUCCCUCCUCCUCCUCUCUUCCUCUCUCCUCCCCUCUCAGCCCCCCAGCUGAGCCCUCCCUUUUGGUCAGCCUGCUGUCCAGGAAGAAAUCUAUGAUCACUGUGCCAGCAACCAAGGAAGUCAGCCCGCCAUUGCGUGGCAGCUCCCGUCCCUCCAACGACCGCCUGCCCUACCUGCCCCACUCGCCCUUCCACCUCUUCUCCUACGACCUGGAUGAGGAGCCGUCUCCCCCGGCUCCGGCCAAACCCAGCGAGCAGUCACCCAAAUUGACGCCACCAAGGAAUGGAGGUCACGUGUCUCUCAGCAGCCCCUCUACGCCAACCAGCUCCAGGCCUGCUCUGGGAGGUCUUCUGUCCUCCUCCUACAGACAACACCAGGAGUCCUUGGCAGCCGAGCGAGAGCGCCGCCGUGUGGAAAGAGAGGAGAGACUGCAGAGGAUAGAGAGAGAGGAGAGGAACAAGCACAGCCGCAACUAUGUGGAUAAAAUGGAAGAGGCCAGGCUUGCGCGGGAUGAGAGGUAUAAGACAGUGGAACGUCUGGCGGCAGAGGAGUGCGAGAGGAAUCGCGUCCGGGUGUCGAGGACUCGCCCCGACCUCGACCUGACCUUUGAACCCUCGGAGGCCUGGCCCUCAUCGUCGCGCAGCAGCACCCCAUCCUCGUUUGCUUCCCAGGAGGAAGCAGAGGCUGACCUCGAAGCCGAGACCCCCGCCACUCCUUAUACGCCCUCUGAGACCGGAGAGGCUGAUGACUCCAGCGCCAGUGUAGAAAUCGAGGAAAAAGAGCCAGAGGCCGCUGCUGAAGAGGAGGAGGAAGAACAGAAAGAGGAGGUAGAAGAGGAGGAAGUGCAGAAGGGAACACCAGAAGAAAAGGAAGAGGAAAGUGAGGAGCCUGAGCAGGAACCGGAGAAGGAGAGAGAGGACGCGGAAGAGGACAGUGGCAUCCUGAGCGACAAGGAACGACAGAAUGAAGAGGUGAAUGAGAAGGACAACUGCUCGGCCUCCAGCAUCUCCUCCGCCAGCAGCACUCUGGAGAGGGAGGAGAGAGGCAGCAAUGAGAAUGGCUUUAAAGAGGCAGAGGUGAACGAGCAGUGCAGCAAACUCCUCAACAGCAAACUCUUCAUGCUGGACAUGCUGUACUCCCAGAACAAGAAGCCCAGUGACGAGGAAGAGGAAGAGGAGGACGCGGAGAAGGAGAAAGAGAUAGAGAAAGGAGAGGGAGAAGAUAAAGAGACAAAUGAGGAUGCUGAAGGGCAAAUUGGCGAUGACGAGGAGGAGGACAAUAGAGGUAACAACUCAGAUCAACGCAAGAGCAUCCGCCCAAUCGCUGAGCGCUUUGGAAAUUUGAUAAAGGACUUGAAUUCGCCCCAGGCUCACCUGGAGGCCCAAGCCAUUGAGCCCCCUCCUCCUCCACCCAAAAAGGAAUCAGACACGAUCUGGGACCAGCUCCUGGCCAGCCCUAAAGAGCUGCGCAUCGGGGACAUCAACUUCACUGACCUGACGGAGGACGAUGACAAAGACAUUCUGGAUGCCGUCAUGAUGGGCGGAUGCAGCGAUCUCCCGCCCCCUCCGCCUCCCCCGCCCUUCAUCCUUCACUUUCCUCCACCACCACCCAUGCUAGGCAGCUGCCCCCCACCUCCUCCCUUGAUAGGGAUUAUGAGGCCUCCUCCUCCCCCUUCCUUUAACUCUUCAAUUCCAGUGCCUCCACCUCCAGAACCGCCUCUCUUCAACAAGAAGAAGAAGACCAUCAGGCUCUUCUGGAGUGAGGUGCGUCCGACAGACUCUCAGUACAGGGACUACAAGAGGAGCGGAGACUCAUUCUGGUCCAAACUGGAUUCAGUAAAAUUAGACACAGGCAAAUUGGAACACCUGUUUGAGUCGAAGUCAAAGGAAAUGCCAGUUACGAAGAAAACAGCAGCGGAUGGAAAACGCCAGGAGAUCAUCGUGCUGGAUUCCAAGAGGAGUAACGCCAUCAACAUCGGCUUGACGGUUCUGCCGCCACCUCGCACUAUCAAGACAGCCAUCCUUAACUUUGACGAAUAUGCGCUGAACAAGGAGGGCAUAGAGAAAAUCCUGACGAUGAUCCCCACAGAGGAGGAGAAGCAGAAGAUUCAGGAGGCCCAGCUGGCUAACCCCGAUGUCCCACUGGGCUCAGCAGAGCAGUUCCUCCUCACUCUGUCCUCCAUCAGCGAGCUCUCUGCCAGACUCCAGCUCUGGGCUUUUAAGAUGGACUAUGAGGCCACCGAGAAGGAAGUAGCAGAGCCGCUGCAGGAUCUGAAGGAGGGUAUGGAACAGCUGGAAAAGAACAAAACUCUACGCUACAUCCUCUCCACACUGCUCUCCAUCGGAAACUUCCUCAAUGGAACCAAUGCUAAGGGCUUCGAGCUGACGUACUUGGAGAAGGUUCCAGAGGUGAAGGACACGGUUCAUAAGCAGUCUUUGCUGCAUCACGCCUGCUCUGCCGUGGUGGAGAACUUCCCUCAGAGCACCGACCUCUACUCCGAGAUCGGAGCCAUCACACGCUCUGCCAAAGUGGAUUUCGAUCAGCUGCAGGAGAACCUGUGUCAGAUGGAGAGGCGUUGCAAAGCCUCAUGGGAUCAUCUAAAGGUGAUCGCCAAGCAUGAGAUGAAGCCCCAGCUGAAGCAGAAGAUGUCUGACUUCCUCAAAGACUGCGCUGAGAGGAUCAUCAUCCUCAAGAUCGUCCACCGCAGGAUCAUCAACAGGUUCCAUUCGUUCCUGUUGUUCCUCGGUCAUCCGGCCUACAGUGUGAGAGACAUCAGCGUCCACAGAUUCAGUAAGAUCCUCAGUGAGUUCGCACUGGAGUACCGAACCACCCGAGACCGCGUUCUGCAGCAGAAACAGAAACGUGCCGACCACCGCGAACGCAACAAGACCCGAGGGAAGAUGAUCAUAGACGUCAACGCUCCUUCUGAUGAGGAAGAACAGAGCGAGGUUGGUAGACAUGGCUCAAGCAGCAACAACACUGCCCCUAGUGACAGGCAGGAGAGCGAGCAGGCUCAAGGUCUGGGCCACGCAGAGGACGCUGCAGAGCAUGAGAACAUGAAAGCAGUGUUGAGAACCAGCCUCAGCGGCGGCGACAAGGAGAGCAGCGUAGUGCCGGGGCUCCGGACACGGACCAGAUCACGGCCUGGACGGGGAGGUCGCACUAUGCUGGCAUGCACACCACCUGUAGAGGACACUCAGAUCGCUGGAGAGGAUGCUGCAGAUGAGAUCAUGGAGCGCAUAGUGAGGUCGGCCACUCAGGGUCCAGGAACCAGAGCCCAGCCCAGAGAGAGGAGGAGAUCAAGGGCCAACCGCAAGUCAUUGAGGCGGACUCUGAGGAGCGGUCUGACCCCGGAAGAAGCGCUUGCUUUAGGUCUAACCGAUUCUCCGGACGCACAAAUGUAACCCCCCACCUCUGUUCUGUCCCCGUCACUGUGGAAACACAGUCACUGUCAGCCGGCUG